GCGUAAUCUUGAUUCAAAGGAGCACAGCUCCUCGUUGGAAUCGAACGCGGUAAAAUGCGCUUAUUAUUGUUACCACGAAAACUGGGAAGGCCUUGACCAUCGGACUAUGUUGAAUAAAAAUCUGUCCUUUUUCGCCAAAUAUACUGGACAAAUGAAUUGAAUUUGGCGAAUUGGCUUCUUACGCUGAAUGAUUUUUAGUUUUGAAUCUUAAAGGUUAAGACUAAUCUAAUAAAAACAUUUUAAAGACAUCUGGGUGUCAGUCAUGGGCGAGACAACUCUUGAAAAAUAAGGGCCCGAAUAGCUCAGUCAUUAUAAACAUUGUGGAUUGCAAUUGACGAGACUACAACAGCGUUUUUGUAGAGUUUUGAAUGUUGACAUUCAACGAAAUCAGUAGGAAAUGAGAAUUAUCCAGUUCUUUGAAAGCAUCCACAAAUCUUUGGUUCGGAGAUGCUCGGCGUUUUCAUCCGUCCGUUUCGGGUGAAACACAAGUGUGGGUGACACUUCAAGGAAAAUGCCGAGUCAAGCCCCACCUACGAGUCUGAAGUGGGAAAAACUCUCACCAGCAGAGUUUCAGCAGUUACAAGAUUACAUUCAAUAUUCCUCGAAGAAAUUAUCAGAUGUCCUCAAGGAAUUCAAAGAAGAAAAUAAUCCCUUGUCGAAAUACAACCCUGAAGGAGACAUUGACUAUGAGGGUUUUCAACAGUUUAUGGAUUCAUACCUGGAGAUUGAAACUCCCAGAGACCUGGUCACCCGACUUUUCCUAUCCUUUGUUAAGAGGCCCACCAACAAUACUCAAGCUAUGCAGACAGUCGACGGAAGGCUACUUAAAAUGGCGGCGGUGACGUCGACUGCUGCGUGCGCCCCCAUCACGUCCCACACAACGGCGGGAGGAGGUGGGGGCUCCCUCCCUGAGCUUGCCAAAGACCACACCCCCGUAAAAGAAGAGAAGCACCUGAGCAGUUUGGCUGAAAAAUUCCAAUCUUUUACGGAGAAGCUCCAUUCUUUGGGACAUCACAGAUGUGACAGUGAGUCUAAUCCCCGAGGUAGAGCAGGAAGUGCAUCUGUUCACCCAAUGGUUACGGUCACAGCUAACUAUACUGAUCAAAAAUCAUCAGACUCCUCUCCAAACCACAGCCAAGUCUCUAGGAAUUCCUCUAGGAAAUCUAAUAGUUCCAUACUGGUUCACAAUGUGGAAUUGAAACCUCUUCGGAAAGCCAGCAGUCAUGUUGAUGUAUAUUCCUUGCGUGUUCCUCUGAAGGAUAUCGUUUGCUAUCUUUCACUUUUAGAAGGAGGUCGCCCCGAGGACAAACUCGAAUUUACAUUUCGCCUUUACGAUACAGAUGGAAAUGGCUAUCUAGAUAACAAUGUAAGUGAAGUCUUAAGUAACUUGAUUAUGACUUUUGUGUAAAGAAUGAUAUGAUUUUGAUGAUGUUAGAUUUAUAUUUCUUUAAUGUUCAUAACUUAUUAGCAACAUGAUGAUUUAAAAACGGGGUUGAUUUCGUUAAAUUUAUUAGGCGAAGUUCCGAUAAGGAUUUAUUUUUGAGUAAACUGCUGCUGUAAAAAAUUCAGGGAGCUUCUAAAGUAAAUAUUACUGUCAAUUGUGUUUCUUUUUUCGGCAUAAUUUAAUUUUUACAAUAAAUUGCUGAUCGCCAACGUAUAAUAUGGGAAACUGGCAAGCAGUCAAAAAGGGUGAGUGGAAAAACCUCAAUAUAAUAGGGGUGUAGUACAGAUUAAGUGCGGAUGACAUAUUUUACACAUUUCAACUUAGCAGCAGAAUGAAUAUCAUAUUUCUUCUAGCUAACACCCCUGUCAAAAAGUCGACAGGUCAGUUUCCGCCUUCAAAACGGAUGUUAACCUUUCCACGUAAUCGUUGAUUUAUCAGUAUAUGAAAAUCUCAAUAGUGCGUUAGUGGAAAGCCAUAGAAACUUUAUUUUCAUUCGUCCGGGAUUUUAUGAUCGUUCUUGUCUUUUUAAAACUAAGUCGGGUGCUAGAUUUAUAAAGAAAGCUUGCUUGUCUCGGGUUCAAACUCCUUUUAAUGGCUGAAAAAACUAAACUCAUUGG